AUGGGACAGUCUCACGACACAGCAAAGCCUGUCAAGCAGACCACUGCAGGAGCCGAAGAGCUUCCUCAAAGUCGAGAGCCUACGCUUCAUUCUCAAGUGACCACACCAGAAGUCUUAUUUGGUCAUCCUGUCGAGCCCUCAACCACAACGCAAUCUAAUCCAUAUGGCUGUCGGCCAAAGUGUUUCGCCAGCACAUUCUCAGAAUGUCUCUUUGUCAUUACCACAAGCUUCGCUAUUGGUCAAACCGCUGUUCUGACGGGUGCGCUCAUGGUGUCCACCGCCCGAAUCCAGCAAGGACUAAACAUGAAUAGUUCUGAAGUUACUUGGGUGGUAGCCGGGAACUCCUUGACUGCAGGAUGCACAUUGUUGUUCUUCGGUAAAGUUGCUGAUCUGUUCGGAAGAAGGUCUCUGUUAGUAUAUAGCAUGGGUCUCUUCACAAUUUGCAUGCUUAUCACCAGCUUCUCUCAGAACGCCAUCAUGGCUGAGAUCUUUCUUGCACUUUCCGGCCUCACCUGCGCAUCUGUUGUGCCACCAGCAAUUGGAAAAUUAGGAGCUAUUUACGAGAAACCGUCACGACGAAAGAAUAGAGCCUUCGCUUGUUUCAGCGCGGGCAAUCCCAUAGGGUUCGUCGCAGGUGCCAUUAUUGGCGGUAUCGCCACAGAAGUGGCAUCUUGGAGAACAAUGUUCUGGACGAUUACGGUUCUUUAUGCAUCCUUGACUAUGGUCGCCUGGUUCACAACACCUCAGGACUCCGAACAAGCGCUUGGCGGCUUGAACAAGGAGACCCUGGCUCAGAUGGACUGGCUUGGAGCCCUACUUGCUGUUGCUGGUAUUGCAUCGUUUGUCGCAGCCUUCACUCAGGCUCCCGACGCCAGCAAUGGCUGGGGCACACCAUAUGUGAUUGCGAUGUUGGUUGUGGGCGUCCUCCUCAUGACAUCAUUCCUAUAUUGGCAGUCCGUCUUCAAGCAUCCUCUGAUGCCUCUUAGGGUUUGGCGCGAUCGCAACUUCUCCCUCCUCGUCGCUUCGUUGUGCUUGAUGUUCUAUGGAUUCAACAGCAACUUCUUCUGGUUGGCACUUGGUUGGCAACGAGCCUACAAUAAUUCGUCUCUAGAAGUGGCAGUGAAGCUGCUUCCAGCUGCAAUUGGUGGAAUGGUCGUGAAUUUUGGAGUGGCGCUGGUGCAGCAUAAGGUCUCUAACAAAGGCUUGUCGAUUUUCGCGGCUUCAUGUUCGAUUGCUUCAUGUGUGCUAUUGUCAGCCACCUCAAAGGCGAUCUCGUAUUGGGCCCUUUCGUUUGCAGCUCAGUUGUUUGCAGUACUUGGCGCCGAUAUUGCAUUUUGUGUCACAAACUUGUACGUCAUGUCGUCACUUCCACCAGCGCAACAGUCGGUGGGUGGAGGAAUUUUUCAAACUGUGAUUCGGAUUGCAUCGACUAUCGGCUUAGGAGUUUCGACCACUGUCUUUGCUGCAGCUGGAGGCAGUACUGAGGUGUCUGUCAAUGUUGCAUGGCGACCUUAUCAAAGCGCUUUCUGGGUCGGUCUGGUUGGCGCAGUGAUUGGUUUCUGCUUGACUCCUCUCUUAACAAUUGGUAGGCAGGGUCACCGGCAGGAAGCAAGGAGUGUAGCUAAUCGAGAUGGUGGUGACCGCGCCGUUCAGACCACAGAGAAAAAGAGCACAAUAGUCUGA